CGGGAUGCUGCCGGCAGCCCUCUUCCUUAGAACUCGUUCUGGCUUUCCAGUCCCUUGAGCAGAUCCAGGCAUUGUUUUCUAGUUUUCUGGUCCUUAAAAAAAAAAACAAAACGGUUACGCCCUCAGUGUCUACCAUGAACUUGGGCUCUGGGGAUUGAUUAAGUCUCUCGAGUGGGAGAGACAGCCCUGUUGUAGGACACAUAGGCUCAGCUGAGAACCUGGGAUAACCAAGUUAAAGGAUUGACUUUAAACAGUCAUCAUGCGCACACCUUACUCUUAAGUCCACACUCUAGACUAGAGCCCGAGGACUAGGAAAUCAGGUACACAGAAAGAAAUCAGUGUCAUUCACACUUCUAAGAAGGAUCUGGGACUAGAAUUAGUGUCUCCUGACCCCAUCCAAUAGUUGCUUAGGAUGAAUAGUUGCUUAGGAGUCCAAAGGAUGAACUCCGAAAUCCAUGGAUGACCUAGAGAAUGCUUAGCUAUUACUUCUGCUGUCAACAUGUCAGAAUCCCAGCGUAUUUUGAUGAUGGGAGCAAGGUGCUGGCGUUAAUCCAUUCUACAGGUAUUAACUGUCUGGCCUAUGAUGAAGCCAUUAUGGCUCAGCAGGACCGAAUUCAGCAAGAGAUUGCUGUGCAGAAUCCUCUGGUGUCCGAACGUCUGGAACUCUCAGUCCUGUACAAGGAGUACGCUGAGGAUGACAACAUCUAUCAACAGAAGAUCAAGGACCUCCACAAAAAGUACUCCUACAUCCGGAAGACAAGGCCCGAUGGCAACUGCUUCUACCGAGCAUUUGGCUUCUCCCACUUGGAGGCACUCCUGGAUGACAGCAAGGAGCUGCAGCGGUUCAAGGCUGUGUCUGCCAAGAGUAAAGAGGACCUGGUGUCCCAGGGCUUCACAGAGUUCACAAUCGAGGACUUCCACAACACGUUCAUGGACCUUAUCGAGCAGGUGGAGAAGCAGACCUCGGUAGCUGACCUGCUGGCCUCCUUCAAUGACCAGAGCACCUCAGACUACCUUGUGGUCUACCUGCGGCUGCUCACCUCGGGCUACCUGCAGCGGGAAAGCAAGUUCUUCGAGCACUUCAUUGAGGGUGGCCGGACUGUUAAGGAGUUCUGCCAGCAGGAGGUAGAACCCAUGUGCAAGGAGAGCGACCAUAUCCACAUCAUCGCCCUGGCCCAGGCCCUCAGCGUGUCCAUCCAAGUAGAGUACAUGGACCGUGGUGAGGGUGGCACCACCAACCCACACGUCUUCCCCGAGGGCUCCGAGCCCAAGGUCUACCUUCUCUACCGGCCUGGACACUACGAUAUCCUCUACAAAUAGGGCCGGCUGGCCUGCUGCGCCAUGCCUGCCCCCCCCUACCAGGCGCUAAACAUGUACAGAGGGUUUUUGGUUUUUGGUUUGGUUUCUUUUUUUCUUUUUCUUUUCUUUUUUUUUUUUUUUUGUGGUUGUAAAUGGUCAUAUUUUCACUCCUCCCUUAUCCUGUCACACACCUUCCAUGUUUUAUUAAAGGGGAUGCUGGUGGUGAGCCCGAGUGUGCGUUUCCCUGCUCUGCUGCUCCGCCCUACCUGCCCGCUGGCUGCUGUGUGCCUGGCUGUCCCUUUCCCCAGGGUGGGUCCCCUUGCUUUCUACCUGUCUACCCCCAAGCAUUUCUGCCAAGAGAAGUUUGAGGAGGCUAGGCCUCCAGGUUCCUUGGAGUUCUGCUUUCUCCCCACCCCAAGGCCUCCUUGACUUUCCAGGGGUUUUCGUGGGAACUUUUGAAGUUCCUUGGGAACUUGGCUGGAGGUCUCUGGUCACCCAUACUCAAAGCUGCCCCUUAGACUAGUUAUAGAUUUGCUGUUCUGGCCAGGGCCCCCAGGUCACAGCUUUCUGCCCACCUCCAGGGGUCUGCAUGAUUGAGGAGUCCUGAGAUGAGAGGUUAUGGGAGGAGGCUGACCCAGGUAGGUGGAGGAGCUAUACAUCCUCAGUGGGCCCCAGGAAGAGCUGGCCUGGUAUGGGAGGAACAUAAGGCCUCAUGUCUAGGCAAGGCUUGCCUGUUAACUGUUCCCCAGAGUCCCCUGCCUGUGCUUGCUCUGCACCCUCUUUGCUUGAGCCAUACCUGCAUUACCUGCCUCUUUGCUUUCUCCUCCCACCCAGCACAUGUGGGCUCUCAGCCCAAGCUGUGAGCUCCUUGGGGGCAGGCCCUCAAUAAAUGUGAAGUGCUGCC